AGAGAAAUCAGAAGGGCGCUGGACGUUUACAUUAGGGAGGGCGUGGGGAGUGGUUAUGCAAAUAAAGAGCGGUGCCUUGCAAUUGAUGGGAGCCAGUGGUGCUGGAGAGAAGAGCGCAUUUUCUGUGUGGAAAAGGGACGGACAGACUGUCGUGGCGUUGAAAUUGAAUCUAAAUACCAUGGCAUCCAAGUGUCCAAAAUGCGAGAAAACCGUCUAUUUCGCCGAGAAGGUCACUUCCCUGGGAAAAGACUGGCACAAGUUCUGUCUAAAGUGUGAGCGCUGUAACAAGACUCUGACUUCAGGGGGCCACGCUGAGCAUGAUGGGAAACCAUUCUGCCACAAGCCGUGCUACGCUGCUCUUUUUGGGCCAAAAGGUGUCAAUAUUGGUGGUGCAGGGGCAUACGUCUAUGAUAACCCCCCUGUGAACUCUCAGCAAACGAGCGCCGCAGUCGAGUCGGCCCCCAAAACGGAGGAGGAGAGAAAGACCUCUGGACCCCCCCGGGGACCUGUGAAAGCUGCAAGCAUUACCAGUUUUUCAGGAGAGCCCAAUAUGUGCCCCAGGUGUAACAAGAAGGUUUAUUUUGCGGAGAAGGUGACGUCCCUGGGGAAGGACUGGCAUCGCCCGUGUCUACGUUGUGAGCGUUGCAGCAAGACCCUGACUCCGGGGAGCCACGCAGAGCAUGAUGGGCAGCCCUACUGCCACAAGCCCUGCUAUGCAACUCUGUUUGGACCAAAAGGUGUGAACACUGGUGGGGUGGGCAGCUACAUCUAUGAGAAGGACCCAAGCACUGAAGCCCAGCCCUGAGCAGCCCUGAGAAGCAUGCAGCUCUAGCUCUUCCUACUGUCCCACUACCUGGGGAAAAAAACCCAUCCAUAAACAGGGGUAGCUCUGCAGUCACCUGGACCAAAACAAUGCAAGGGAAUCAGGAGAUUUCCAUUGGCUAAUAAAUUAUUCACUGGACCACCCACUAUAAAUAUAUUCACUCCACCAAGGACUCUUAUUAACUCUUUCAACACUGCAGACCAGUAUACAGGGCUUGGAAAGUAACUGUUGCUGUAGUAUAGGAGCACCACUUAAACACCACACCAGUCUUGUUUGGCCAUACAUGUUCAUAAACCACUUUUUUUUCAGACACUGAAAUUGGUUAAUAACCUAUUCUAGUGUUACCUUUCUGUAAAGUUUCUGAAAUAUUUCAAUAUAUAGUGCUGGAAGAAUUACAGAAGGAAUACAGGGUUGUAUAAAUAUUAUCACGACCAUUGCAGCGUGAGACAAGGCCUCUUUGUGGUAAAAAAAGGGGCUGCCUUUUCUUAACAAAAACAAAACAAAACAAAAAACCUUCCGAGCUAAUCUUUUAAGCACGUCUACUCUGACAACCUGCUAUAAAAAAUGAAACCAAAUUUAUAUUAUUUGUAAUUUAAUACAAAUUACCAUUGUAUCACUAUGACCAGCAACGUAUUUGGUUAUUAGGGAACAUCCUAAAUAAUGCAGGAGCACCACCGCCUCUAUACAGCAGAGGGCGCUAGGUACUUCUGCUUGCCCAAACAUUUAUUGCCCAACUGUUUAUUUGUCUACCUGGUGACUGAAGAACUGUUCCUGUUCCUUUUUAUUUUAAGAGUAAUACUGCUAGUAGUAGAUAUUAGGCUAGAAACGGCAAACUGACUGGGUAGAUAAGCUAAGAAAAUCUGCAUUAUGUUUUUAUGUUAUGCAAAGUAACUGGGCAUGGAAAUUCAGGGCUUUUUAUGAGAUUGUAUUAUUAAGAUCUGAUGUCUUUUUGAACCCUAAUUAAAAAAAAACAGUUCUUAUGUCA